AUGAGCACAAAGCCAUGCAAGGCUUGCGGCAUCACACUAGGCACACUUGGUCGACAGGGCAGCGCUCGUGUCCAUCGACUUCUGGAGAAGUGUCUACAUGCCAAGGGCAUUGCGACCAUCCCCAUUUUGCUGUCUGAGAUCUUUCCACAGAAGCUGGCACUGUUUGCUGAUUGCAUUGAUGCCUACGUGCAGAUUGCCCGCCUGCGCCUGUCCAUUAAUUGUGGCUCAGCCUUUGAGCAGCCACUGCUGAAUCCGUAUGAGCUAUCCGUGGUGCUGGGCGACAUUGAGUGGACGCCAGAUAAUGCUUAUCCUAUGGACUUCUAUGCCAGCGGCAGCCUGGGCCCCUGGACGCCUAACUUUAAGCCACCAGCGCUGGGAGAAUGCAAAGACAGAGAAAUCAAGCAACUGCAGGAAAAGCUGAACCAACGUAAUGAUUUGGUGAUCGAGGAACUGAGAGCUCAGAAUGAAUUCUACAAACAGAGUAUCAAAGAGCUAGCGAGCCACGUUUUGUCCAUAAACGAGCAAAUAAGUAUACCCAAUUCCAAUGCCUUGAAAACUCAGGACUAUGAAGAGCAGCUGGAGAAACAAAAGAAGUCAAUUGAUCAACAGGCCCAACAAAUACCCGAGCUCAAAAACGAAAUCAACAUUUGA